AUGUCUGGAUCUCGCAAAUUUUUUGUUGGAGGGAACUGGAAAAUGAACGGAAGCAGAGAAGAUAACGAAAAGUUACUUAAGUUGCUCUCAGAAGCUCAUUUUGGUGAGAACACAGAAGUUUUAAUUGCUCCACCAUCCAUAUUUUUGCACGACGUUCGAAAACUCUUGAAGAAGGAAAUACAUGUUGCUGCUCAAAAUUGUUAUAAAGUAUCAAAAGGUGCAUUCACUGGGGAAAUCAGCCCUGCAAUGAUAAAAGAUAUUGGUUGUGAAUGGGUAAUACUUGGACAUUCUGAGCGUAGGAGCAUUUUGGUGAAUCUGAUGAACUUAUUGCUGAAAAAGUUCAACAUGCACUUGCUGAAGCGUGAAUCUAAUAAAACGGAAGAAGUGUGCGUUAGACAGUUAAAAGCUAUCGCAAAUAAGAUUAAAUCGGCUGAUGAAUGGAAACGAGUAGUUGUAGCAUAUGAACCAGUUUGGGCUAUUGGAACAGGUAAAGUUGCUACACCACAGCAAGCUCAAGAGGUUCAUAAUUUCCUUCGUAAAUGGUUUAAAACAAACGCACCAAGUGGAGUUGAUGAAAAAAUACGUAUUAUCUAUGGUGGAUCUGUAACUGCUGCCAAUUGUAAAGAAUUAGCUCAACAACAUGAUGUCGAUGGAUUUUUGGUUGGUGGGGCUUCAUUAAAACCGGAAUUCACGGAUAUAUGUAAAGCCAAACAAUGUUGA